UUAUAUUUUAUUUUUCGUCUUUACUUUUGUGUUAUUAUAUAUAAAAUUAAGUAUGAGUUCUAGCAAAAAAAAUAGCGGUAAAGGAAAAGAGAAAGCACAAGAUAACGAAGAAAGUAGACUUUUUAAAUUAUUUAAUUUUGGUAAAAAAAAUAGUAAAGAAAAAAAGAGUAGUAAAAGUGGUGGUACUUCAUCUAAAUCAACGAGUAGAGUUAGAUUUAACAUAAAUGAUUCUACUUAUGUUGAUGAUACUCCUUAUAAUAUUGAUUCAAAUGUUCAACUCGAUCACGAAAGUUUAGAACGACGUUAUGGUAAUAUUAAUCCUAAUGUUGAUGAAAAUUCAGGUGAAGAAGUAGAAGCUGAUUUGGGAGAAGAGGAGUUAGAUGAAACACCUACUAGUCCGGUGACAGAAGUUCCAAAUGAGACUAUCAAUUUACCGGAGCAAAAUUUUGGACAUCCACCCCUUAUACCUCCCACAAGGGAGAAGGUGAAGUAUCAACGACCUAAAACUUCUAUUGUGUGGCAAUUUAUGACUUUUGAUAAAGAAAAUAGUGUUGCUAUUUGUAAUAAGUGUAAGCAACCUUUUAAACAUAAACAAGGUGGGGGUCAAGGUGGAACGGGGGGAUUAAAUAGACAUUUGUUAUCUUGUGUGCCGAUUCAAUAUAAAGAAGCUAAAGCAUUAGCCAAUAGAAAAAAGGGAAUUUCAAUUAAUGAAUUAGAUAUUACCGGUAAUGCAUCGAUAGGGGCUUCUAACAUGGUUCAAGGAACAUUAGAUCCUUUUAACCCCGCUGGUCCAAUAACACAACGUAAAUAUAAUAAGGAAUUAGAUCGGAAAAAUUUAGCUAAAAUGGUUUCUGUUUGUGGUUUGCCUUAUAGUUUUCCUUCAAAUCCCGGUUUUGUCGAAUAUAUUCAACAAACUUAUAAUCCGGAUUAUAGAGGCUUUUCAUGAAAUACUGUCAAAACUGAUGUUUUGAAUAUCAAGGUAAACAUUGUCAAUUUCUUCGUUGUCUAUUUAGCAUAUUAGAUAGUAGAGUGUCUAUUACUUCGGACAUGGGUCGUAGUGUUAAUGGAAAUGAUUAUUUAACUGUAACUGCACAUUGGAUUGAUCAUAAUUGGAAUUUGCAAAAAAUAAUAAUAUGUUAUAAACUAUGUAUAGAGAAAAAAAACUGGUGCAUAUUUAGCUUCAAAUAUUUUAAGUGUUUUAGAUUAUUACAUGAUUAUAGAUAAAAUAAUGUCUGUCGCAUUAGAUAAUGCAUCUAAUAAUACAAAUGCUGCUAACAUGUUAAAAGUUAGAUUAUGUCCAAUUGACAAUAAAGUUUUUCAUGUUAGAUGUGUUGCACAUAUAUUAAAUUUAGUUGUACAAGAUGGUAUUUCAUUAUUUGAUUGUGGUAGCGUAAAAGUUGAGUAUGUUGUUACCUGGAUUUUUCAUACAAACAAUGCUGCUAGAAUUAGGGAAUUUAAUGAGCGUUGUUCACUAUGUGAAUUGUCACCUAGAAAAAUUCCAAAACAUAUUAAAACAAGGUGGAAUUCUCUUUACGAAAUGCUUUCGGUUGCUUAUAAAUAUAGAAGACCCAUACAAAUGGUUUUUAAUGCUCAUAAUGCUGACCCAUUAGAUAGAAUUUGUGAUGAAGAUUGGGAAGAAACUAAAGAACUAGUACAAUUUUUAAGACUUUUUUAUGAUGCUACUACCAUGUUUUCGGGAAUUUAUUAUCCUACUAUUUCAUCCGUAUUAAUAAAUAUUUGUGCUCUUUCAAUUCAAUUUUGUAAAUAUAAAAAAAUAGAUAAACUUAGAGUUGCAAUUGAAGGUAUGAUUGAAAAAUUUAAAAAAUAUUUUUUUCCUAUUCCUCAAGUUUUUUUAACGGCUACUUUACUUCAUCCUGUUUAUAAAUUACAAGGUGUGAAAGACCUUGUCGACACUUUUUAUGAAACUUUAGAAAUUUUACCUGAAGAAAUUCCAGAUUGUGAAACGUGUAAGUCUAGCAUAAAAAUAGAAGCAAAAGUUUUGUAUGAAAA